CAGCGGGAGCGCGAGACGCUGGUCAGGCUCCGCGGCGCAGCUCGAAAAUGAAUAAUCGCCCCCAAUUGACUUAAAUUCCACCGAAGCCGGCGCCGCGGCCGCCCGCCGCCCGGGACCUGCUCGCUGUGUUUUUUGCUUUCUCCAUUCUUCCUUAAAAAAAAAAAAAAAAAAAAAAGCAAAACAAAACCAGCCAGCCAGCCAACCAAGACUCCGGUUUGUUGAUCGCCUUUUUUUUUUUUUUUUUUUCACCGUUUGCGGGAUUUGCAAACCGAGUUACAUGCAUGUCCAGUGGGGGUAGGUUUAAUUUUGACGAUGGAGGGUCCUACUGUGGAGGCUGGGAGGACGGCAAGGCGCACGGCCAUGGCGUCUGCACCGGCCCCAAGGGCCAAGGCGAAUACACCGGCUCGUGGAGCCACGGCUUCGAGGUACUGGGCGUCUACACCUGGCCCAGCGGCAACACGUACCAGGGCACUUGGGCGCAGGGCAAGCGCCACGGCAUCGGCCUGGAGAGCAAGGGGAAGUGGGUGUACAAGGGCGAGUGGACGCACGGAUUUAAGGGGCGCUACGGGGUGCGGGAGUGCACGGGCAACGGGGCCAAGUACGAAGGGACCUGGAGCAACGGGCUGCAGGACGGCUACGGCACCGAGACCUACUCCGAUGGAGGGACCUACCAGGGCCAGUGGGUCGGCGGCAUGCGUCAGGGCUACGGCGUGCGGCAGAGCGUCCCCUACGGCAUGGCAGCGGUCAUCCGCUCGCCCCUGAGGACCUCCAUCAACUCCCUGCGCAGCGAGCACACCAACGGCGCCGCGCUGCACCCCGACGCCUGCCCCGCCGUGGCCAGUAGCCCGGCCGUGUCCCGGGGGGGCUUCGUGCUCGUGGUGCACAGCGACUCCGAGAUCCUCAAGAGCAAGAAGAAGGGGCUGUUCCGGCGCUCGCUGCUGAGCGGGCUGAAGCUGCGCAAGUCGGAGUCCAAGAGCAGCCUGGCCAGCCAGCGCAGCAAGCAGAGCUCCUUCCGCAGCGAGGCCGGCAUGAGCACCGUCAGCUCCACGGCCAGCGACAUCCACUCCACCAUCAGCCUGGGCGAGGGCGAGGCCGAGCUGUCAGCCAUCGAGGACGACACCGACGCCACCACCACCGAGACCUACGUGGGCGAGUGGAAGAGUGACAAGCGCUCGGGCUUCGGCGUGAGCCAGCGCUCGGACGGGCUCAAGUACGAGGGCGAGUGGGCUGGCAACCGGCGGCACGGCUACGGCUGCAUGACCUUCCCCGACGGCACCAAGGAGGAGGGCAAGUACAAGCAGAACGUCCUCGUGAGCGGCAAGCGCAAGAAUCUCAUCCCGCUGCGCGCCAGCAAGAUCCGCGAGAAGGUGGACCGGGCCGUGGAGGCGGCCGAGCGGGCGGCCACCAUCGCCAAGCAGAAGGCGGAGAUCGCGGCCUCCAGGACUUCCCACUCCCGGGCCAAGGCCGAGGCGGCCCUCACCGCGGCUCAGAAGGCCCAGGAGGAAGCGCGCAUCGCCAGGAUCACUGCCAAAGAGUUCUCCCCUUCCUUCCAGCACAGGGAAAACGGGCUCGAGUACCAGCGGCCGAAGCGUCAGCGUUCCAGUGACGACAUCGAGGUCAUCUCCACCGGGACACCCUUACAGCAGGAGAGCCCAGAGCUGUACCGCAAGGGCACCACCCCCGACGACAGCCCCCUGCAGAGCUUCCCCGCCAGCCCCACGGCCACCCCUCCACCAGCCCCCGCCUCGAGGAACAAGGUGGCCCACUUCUCCCGGCAGGUCUCGGUGGACGAGGAGCGGGGUGGGGACAUCCAGAUGCUCCUGGAGGGCCGGGGAGGGGACUGCGCCCGGAACAGCUGGGGAGAGGAGAAGGCCGGGGGCUCCAGGGGCGUCCGCAGCGGCGCCCUCCGCAGCGGCCAGCCUGCAGAAGCCUUCCGGGCCCGGGGCCCAGGCCACAGGCAGCCCAGCAACCCCAAGCCCCGGGAGCGGCGGACGGGGUCCCCCACCACGUUCUCCUGGACUUCCCACCACCGGGCCGGCAACCCCGGCCCGGGGAGCACCAAGCUGCUGGAGCUGGACGAGGAGAAGCUGAGCAACUACGAGAUGGAGAUGAAGCCCCUACUGCGGAUGGACUCAUACACGCAGGAGGUGCACCCCCCGAAAAGACGCUACAGCAAGGGGGGCACCGAGGACCGGGGCUUCGGGGCCCAGAGACCGCGGUCCAAGUCCCAGAACAAGGAGCACGCCAGGCCGGCCUCGUGCGCGGAGCCCGCGGUUCAGAGGCUGGAGAGCCUGCGGCUGGGGGGCCGGGCGGAGCCCCGGCUGCUGCGCUGGGACUUGACCUUCUCUCCGCCCCAGAGGUCCUCACCGGUGGCGCUGGAAUCGGACGAGGAGGACGGGGAUGAGCUCAAGGCCAGCACGGGCUCGGCGCCUAUCCUGGUCGCCAUGGUGAUCUUGCUAAACAUCGGAGUCGCCAUUUUGUUUAUUAACUUUUUCAUCUGAGGAGAUUGUCGCAUUAGCAAAAGCAGCUGGUGUACAAACGGGGGACAUUAAAAGCAGAACGACAGAAGGGAAGGCUCGUAGCUCGGACACCCAACGACAACUUCCUGGUCUUCUCACAGAACCACGUAAUUGGGUAUUACUCACAGUUUGCCUUUUUUUCUGGGUCAUGUUUUUUGGAUCUUAGCCAAAAUUCUUUGCUUGUAUAACACUCUGCUGUGUGGCAUGGCAGAAGGAGGCCAGCACGCCGACCCUCCAGCUUGACGUGGAAAGAGAAGGGAUCCCGGCAAAUCAAUGGCAAAAAAUACAGUCACCACCGUCGUCACAUCCCCGUCUGGGACGUGGAAAAGGAGGCAACCAGAGGCAGAGCCCCUGGAGCGUCCGGCGGCUUGCGAGGCGGCUAGCAGGUGGCAAGCCCGGGCGUGAGGCACGGGAGAGGGCGCCCGCUCCAGCUGGCAGCGGCCUGGGCCUUUUUCUACUUUAAAUCUGUGCUGCACACUGACUUAGGGAAGCAGAGACCUGCUUUCUCUUCUGCCCAUGAAACAUCACAACCCGGCCCUCCUGCGCUGCCCCGACACUGAGUCUUAAGGCAAAGUCCUUCUUUUCCCCAGUCACCCCCCCACCCCCAGACCCCAGGGCUGCUGUGCUGUGGGCAUCCAGGGGGCCAGGGAGCAGCGCGGGCAUGGGGGAAGGCCUCACUUGGACAGCCUGCCGUUGGGCCUGGGCUUGGAGCACGUGGCGUUUCUGCGCUGAGGAUGCAGGAUGUGCGUCCAGGCUGUCAGAUGUCCGCGGCCCUGACGGCCCUCACACGAUGUCGUCCUCCCUCAGUGUCACUGAGCCCACGGGUUUUCACAUUCUUGUCCUGUGCCUGCCUUGACUUCCCUCACAGAUAUGCGUAUUGCUUCCAGAUGCCUCAUCCAUACUCUGGAGCUGGUCGGGUCCCAGGACAGGAAUGUGGUUGAAACCCAGUGGCUUGACAAUUCCUGAGAAAUCAUGACAUAUCCAUCUCCAAAAUAUGCAACAUACCUUGUUUCAAUCCAAACCAGGUUCCUGGUGUGUCUGCCCUCCCUGCCAGCAUUGUCCCACUGUCCAAACAAAAGAAUAAGGUCCCGGACGGUCUGGAUGCCCCAUGGUCCCAGCCAUGGAGCAGCCCCGGCCACGUGCAUGGAUGUGUCUGUGGGGCCCGGGCCCGUCCAGACGGGGCCCCUGCACCCACGCCUGGGAAGGUCCUGGGCACGGCCGUCCGUGGACCCUGCCUUGCUUUGCUUAUGUUCAGCUGUUUCUCUGCUACCUUUGAAGCAGAUUUCUUUACUACACUGCACUGGAUUGCUAUAUUUUUAACCAGAAAUAAACUAAAGAUUAGAGCAUGUUCCCGUUAAAUUCAGUUUUUUUUUUCUGUUACAUACUCACCCCCUGUUCCUUCUCACAGUUUGGUUGCGCUUGGGGGGGUCUUCUUUCAGGGCGUGGGGACACAGGAGAGGGAGGGAGGAUCCAUAGGAAAUACAUGGCUGAUGAUGUUACUUUCUAAAGGGAUAUUUCAUGUUUUUGUACAUCUUACUUUCCGUUCCUUUUUUACAACCGCGUGGCUGCCGCAGCCCUGGAGUGAACCAAAUAA